AUGCAACAGGAAAAUUACUGGGACUUUUGUAAGGACAAUGGAGGCAAAUUUGUUGUUGAAAGUGGAAAUGGGCAUUUGCUUUCUGCAGUAUCUACUGUACAUAAUUACGAGAGUCCCCAAACUGCAAUAGUUUGCCAUGGACUAUUUUCCAGUAAAGAAAAUCGUCUUUGUCAGACUAUUGCAAAACACCUUACUAUUAAUGUUGUACGUUUUGAUUUUCAUGGUAAUGGGGAAUCUCAGGGGGCAGAUUCCUGGUGUUUUGGAGAUUAUCAUGGAGAAGUUAACAAUGAUCUAAGGAAGGUUGUGGAAUUUCUUAGAAAUAAAGGACUUGAAAUAAAGGCUAUUAUUGGACACUCUAGAGGAGGAGUUGAAACUUUAAUGUAUUCUUGGAUGUAUGAUGAUGUCGAUAUUAUUAUAAGUAUUUCAGCAAGAUUUGAUUUGGCUAAUUCUAUUAUAACAAAAUUUAUCACAGAUGAACAAUAUGACCAACUGAAAAACAAAGAACUGGAAUUUGUUGAAAUUAUUCCAAGAGAUAAUAUUCCAAGAAAAAUUACUUUUGAAUGCGUAAACAAAAGAAAUUUAGUAGAUUAUAAUAUGCUAAAAGCUGUAAAAAACACAAAAUAUUUCUUAUUAAUACAUGGGACGAAAGAUGACAUUGUCCCAGUACAGGAUUCAAGUGAAAUUGCAAAAUUCAUUCCUCCACAGAUCCCUCAUGAAAUUGUGUUAAUUGAAGAUGGCUCUCACUCACUCACAGAGAAUAGUGAGAUAAGAUCCUUAGUAAAUCAUCAUAUUAAUCGAGUUAUUGAUUCCCUAUUGAAUAAAAAGAUGUAG